AUGGCGAACGCAGCAGAUUCCCAGAUUGUGGAAAUUGUCCCAGAUGGCGAUGUCAUUCUGGUAGUUGGACCCGAUAAGGCCAAGCUCCGAGUCAAGUCCAUGUUUUUGAUGGUAGCCUCAAAGCCCUUCUCAGUCAUGCUGGGGCCAUAUUGGAAAGAAGGCCAUGACAUGCGAUGUCAUGAUGGCCCGUUUGAGUUAUCACUACCGGAGGACAAUGCUACUGCAAUGGAAAUCAUAUGUUCUGUCAUACACUUGCAGAACGGCAGGAUCCCUCGGACCAUCCCUGCUGGCGACGUCCUCGCCAUUGCCAUUGCCGGAGACAAGUACGAUUGUUUAAACGCCUUACAGUUUGCUAGCAAAGCCUGGAUUCUAAAGCCGAAAGGGAAACCUCCUAAGGACUUGAUGCUUCUCACUGCCGCAGCCUACAUCUUUGGGGAUGCAGAAGCGUUCAAUCGUGCCACUACAGCAUUAGUUCUCGGCUGUCAUGACUCUUAUCUUGCGCUUUCUGAUAGUGAGCUCGAGUCCAUCAUACCGUGGAGUUUAUUCAGUAUGCUGGAAGAGCAGAGAGGGGCCGCCAGGCUAAAGGCAGCCGAUAUUCUUCCAUGCAUACAUGAACAAACUGAAAGCAGAGAAUCUUUGGCCGGAGAAUCUCCAAAAUAUCUCCAUCUGGACGGCGCUGGAAAGAGCAAAGAGGAUGGCCGACCCGCUCCCAACGAACCUAAGCGUUCAGUGUAA